UCACUUGACUCCUCAGGUUGCUCAGCCCAACUUGAAGGCAAGAAUCAUAAUUGACAAAUCCAUGUGCUUACAGUCCUCAGAAGAGUUGGGAGUGGCAAAACAGAUAUAGUUUUGAAAGAACGUGACACAUCCUGUCAGCAGGACAAGAGCAGAGGUUUCGCCCUUUGGAAAGCACUUGGAAGAAGCUCCGGGGGUGGCGAGAUGUAGCGUGAUUCCCUGCCGCGUCGUGCGAUUGGAGCUUUUUUUAGGGAAAACACGCCGGCAGAGGCUAGCGGAAGUGUGGGAGGCCGGGUUCCCGGCGCCGCCUCCGCACAUGGCAGUGCUUCCUGCCUGUGCCAUUGGCUGCCCGCGGCCCGGGCCCCAGCGAGGCAGCGGUUAAAUGCUUGCCCGCCGGCCCCGGGCACACAACCCGAGGAACCCAGCACAGGGGUCAGCUGGCCCCCAGCACCGAGCGCCUGAGGCAAAGCCGGCUUCAGCUACGCUUCGAGCUCUGGGGACUAUAAUUGACAUGAAGACUGUUUUCUUGAUAAUCUUCCUCUGGGCUUCAGCCAACGCUCACCCUGUGCCCAACCACAUGUCUGCUCAUCCCAGGAGCUCUGUGGAGUGGGAGGACACAGCAAGCAAAGAAGAUAUGAAUGAGCUGGCUGGCUUGGAUCAUGGAGAUAACAGAAGCCCUCAUGCCAGUAGAGAAAGGGGAGAGGUGGACAUUGUGUGGGACUCUGGUGAUCAGGAUCCUGCAGAUGGAAAUGAUGUUGAUGAAGAGAUCACCGAGCACAAUGGUGGUGCUGAGAGAAUCAGAAUUAGGGAGGCUCAGCAUAAGAACUGGGUUGAUCACGAGGACACCAGUGACCUGGAUGAAGUAGAAGACCAACAUGAAAAUAGCCUUGGCCAACACCUGGAUGAGAAGCAUUUCCUGGAGGAGGAUAUGCACGAUGCUGAUAAUGGCGACAACAGAGCGCGCUAUGGCACUGAAAGCCAUGGGGCUGAAAACUACAAUGUUGGAGGCAACGGACUUCUCUACAGACCCACUGGAUUCUUCCCCAGGCGGGACUACAGGGACAGAAGUGACUUGGUAGAUGAGGAGGAUGACAGUGGAGAUGAUACUUUUGAUGAGAACAACGAGGGAGAGCAGGAGGAAGGCCCUACUUACACCGUUCACCCUAAUGAAGCAGAUGAACACGACACGUUUGGUGACAACGGCCAAAAGGGUGACCGCAGGGAUACUGUUAUGAGCAGAAAACAACAUGACAGCAGCAGUAGCAGCAGCAGCAGUGAAAGCAGAAGCCUAGAUCACAGGGAGUACAAAAACUACAUUGCCAGCAGGUAUGGCCAAACCUACAGAAGGGGAGGUGACAGUGACAGCAGCAGCCAGGAGAGGUAUGAUUUUGACAAUGAAGAAAUGCAGGGUGAUGACCCAUCCAUCUUUGAUGGUUUCGGCAGCAACUCCAAAGGACUCCGCACUGCCUUUCGUUCCAAAGAGAGCAGCCAGGAAAGCAGCUGGGAGGCAGGCAAGGCUGUGCUGAAGGUCAAUGAUCUGUCAGAGGAAGAGUCCCGCAGCGAAGAGCUCCCUGAUGGGCCCGACGACUCAGAAGAGGAUGACAGCCUGCAACAUGACGACAGCAAGUCUGUGGAAGCAGGCGAUGCUGACUCCAGAGAAGACAGCCAGUCUGCAGAAGAUAAAAGUGAGUCUGAAGAGCAUGUUACCAGUCACUCAAAGGAAAACAGUGCUGACGAAUCUAGAGAAGAUGUGGACAGCAAAUCCAGGGAGGAACUUGCCAGCCAGUCAGAUGAAGAAAGUAGAGAAUCACAGGAAGAAAACUCCAAAGAAGCGCUCAGCAAAUCAAAUGAACGCAGUGAUAGCAAGUCUGAAGAGGGACAGGAAGACGGAGAGUUGGCUGAGGACAACAGCAAGCCAUCUGGGUUUGACAGUGAAUCCACAGAAGAUGAGGGGGAUCGGAGCGAAUCCAGAGAGAAGAGUAAAUCCACUGAGGACAGCUUGGAGUCAGAAGAGGACAGGAGUGACUCUGUCCCCGAUGAGGAUGCACCGUCUCGCAGCAAGUCAGCUGAAAGCCAAAGCGUGUCGCAUGAGGAUGACAGCAGUGAAGAGGGCCCCACCACUGAUUCCCGCGAGAGUGAAGACGUGCCGGAUGAGGACAGCUCGUCUGUGGAGAGCCGUAACAGUGACUCCAAAGAGGAGGAACACAGUCACUCUACAGAAGAGGACAGUCACUCGAGGGAGGAUGCCACAAACGAGUCCGACAGCCAUGGAGGUGACAGCUUACCGAGGAGCCUGGAGGGCGAGAACCGGAAACGAAGGCUACGUGUCUAUCACAACAAACACGUUGGCGAUUACGAUGACAAUGACUGCCAGGAUGGGUAUUAAAGCACAGCCUACAAACGCAUCUAUCCUGGACUUCCUUCUGGAGGGAGGAGGAGUAUUUUAAUUUAUUUCCUAUGUAGACAACCGAGGUUGAAUUCUUCCGGAGAAUAUGCUGUGGAUAAAACGGACGAGGGUUUGUGGGGGCUGAUCGUUUCAACUGGAGCUUGCUGAAUGUGAAGUGAAAUGAAAGGUGGCACUUAACACAUGAAAAUGCUAAAACUAGAAGAAAAUGGUUUAUGGUGUCACACUGAAUUAAUACACACCAGGAACAAAAGCAGAAUAGCUGAUUAGGUGCAAACGAGAUCAAACCUUAGUGAGGGUGAAGAUGGCAUGCUAGGGGGUUGGUUCUGCCUCCAUCUCUGCCAUCAUUUCUGGGAGCGUUGCCAAGAGCUGUGCUUGGAUACGCUGGAGACAACGGUUCCCUACGGUCACUACAGUCACUACUUGUAUUUACCACUUUUUUAAAAUCCUUUGUCUAGAUCCCAAACGGAACUUUAAAAUUAACUCCGUGUACUGCACAUAAAAAGAAAAGCUAUAGCCAAUAUAUGCACGCUGCAUGUUGGCUUAGCAUGUGUUACACAUUGUAUGAAGUACCACUUCAGUAUAAGAUGUAUGUAAUAUUUUGUAAUAAAUGUACAGAAAACAUUAUAUUGUAUCCUUUUGCAUUGAUGCCACUUGUAUUUCAAAGCUAAAAUUAAAUG